AUCUCAGUUCUGGAUGGAUCUCAUGAACGAUUUGAAGGUAAGACAUCUCUUCAAUGGAAGUCAUGAGCACACAUGCUUUGUGCGGUUUGUCUUCAUGGAUAUGCUACAAAGAGAUCUUGAUGAAUGCAAGGACAGGUGGAAUAAACAUACCAUAAGACCUGUUAAACAAUCUUGCUGUCCAUCUGGUAAACCAGAUGUGAUGUAUCACCUACCUCACAGGUUUGGUGGAACAGACUGUGGUUUCCCAGUCUCCCAGGAGCAAUUGGGACAGUUUGGGACAGAGACUAACAACAUUCAAUGUGGAGAUGAACACCUUCAGGCACAUUUUGAGAACCUCCAGAGACAGUGUGGCCUAGCACAUCCACAGAGUUGGGAAUCAUGUGUCGAAAACUAUAUCAAACUGAAAAACAUGGCGGACUUA